AUGACAAUAAUAGUUGAAAAUAAUAAAUCACUUAUGGAUGUAGAAAAUAACAAUAACAAAAAUGAAAAAGAUGUUCUUUCAAAUGGAUCAACUUCUAAAAUUGCUGAUAAACCAAACAUUUUUGAUAACGAAAAAUAUUUAAAAAAUUACGACACCUACACAAAUGAUUGGAUUUAUCAAAAAAAAAUCCCUGGCCGUCCAUAUUACAUUUUUGAUCUCGAAGAUCUUCAAAAAUUUAAAAAGGAUGAUAAACCUUGGUUUUAA